GAUAACUCGGGGACAAGGUUAGGCCAGUCCCUGGGGCGCCCCGCCGUCGCCCCGGGCCCACGUGGGAAGCAAGUCCGCGACGUCGGCGCGGCGCCCGCGCCGGGAGAUGGGAGCAGGAAGUCGUUUCCCACGGGCUCGGCCCUGGGCGCGGCGCUGCAGGUGCGGCGCAGUGUGGCGCGGGGCGGGCAGCCGGUGCCGAGGUGGAGGGCCUCUCUGAAGCGGUCAAGGAUCCUGCACAUGGCGCUGAUGGGGACUUCUGACCCCUCCAGAGAGACAGAGGCCAGCCAGGAGAAGCCCUUUGUGCUGCGGGCGUUGCAGAUCGCACUGGUAGUCUCUCUCUACUGGGUCACGUCCAUCUCCAUGGUGUUCCUUAACAAGUACCUGCUGGACAGCCCCUCCCUACGGCUGGACACCCCCAUCUUUGUCACCUUCUACCAAUGCCUGGUGACUGCACUGCUGUGCAAGGGCCUCAGCACACUGGCCGCCUGUUGCCCUGGUGCCGUGGACUUCCCCACCCUGCGCCUGGACCUCAGGGUGGCCCGCAGUGUCCUGCCCUUGUCGGUGGUCUUCAUCGGCAUGAUCACCUUCAAUAACCUCUGCCUCAAGUAUGUGGGCGUGGCCUUCUACAAUGUGGGCCGCUCACUCACCACCGUCUUCAAUGUGCUGCUCUCCUACCUGCUGCUCAAACAGACCACCUCCUUCUAUGCCUUGCUCACCUGCAGCAUCAUCAUUGGUGGCUUCUGGCUUGGUGUGGACCAGGAGGGCGCAGAGGGUACCCUGUCUUGGAUGGGCACCAUCUUUGGGGUGCUCGCCAGCCUCUGCGUCUCACUCAAUGCCAUCUACACCAAGAAGGUGCUCCCGGCGGUGGACGACAGCAUCUGGCGCCUGACCUUCUACAACAACGUCAACGCCUGCGUCCUCUUCCUGCCCCUGCUCCUGCUGCUGGGCGAGCUGCGGGCCCUCUGCGACUUCCCCCAGCUGGGCAGCGCCCACUUCUGGGUCGUGAUGACGCUGGGGGGCCUGUUUGGCUUUGCCAUCGGCUACGUGACAGGACUGCAGAUCAAGUUCACCAGUCCCCUGACCCACAACGUGUCUGGCACGGCCAAAGCCUGUGCCCAGACGGUGCUGGCCGUCCUCUACUACGAGGAGACCAAGAGCUUCCUCUGGUGGAUGAGCAACAUGAUGGUGCUGGGGGGCUCCUCCGCCUAUACCUGGGUCAGGGGCCGGGAGAUGAAGAAGGUUCAGGAGGAGCCCAGCCCCAAGGAGGACGAGAAGAGUAACGUGGAGGUGUGAGCUUCUCCGGAUUCCCCGGGGUGGCCUGGCCUGCCCGGGGAGAAGGCCCAUGAACGCAAUGCUGCUGUCUCUCUGACCCAGAGAGGGUGGCCUUACAGACCUGAUGGGAAUCCCGUGGUUGAAGGGGAACCAGUGUUUCCAAGUGAUGUCAGAAAGUUGCCAAACCUGUCUCGACCCCCUUUCCUAUUUCUGGGAUUUUGUCCUCCCCUAGGGAGGAGGGACCCCCACAAGAAGAGCCAGUUCGGCUCUCCGGAAGAGCACCAGCUCCCCGGGAGGAGGGGAGGGGCAGCAGCCCUUCCUGCCCCUCUUCCAGGGCCUUCUACCUCCACAUGACCUUUGGGGUUGGGGAAAGGCCACAACCUUUAAGGGACAGUAUUGGUGAAGCCAUUAAGUCUUCACCUAGACUCAGGGGAGAUAGGGUUGUGACCCCACCACAGGCCAACUGUGGGGAUUCGGGAAACCUCACAUCUCUGCAUCCCAGGCAAGCCACAGAGCUUUGGCUCCACAAACCAGCCUUCCCUUGGAGGAAAGUGUGGGCUGGGCUGAGGAGGAAAUAGACAAAUGUUCCCUCUUUGCACUGAGACCAGCAGGCCCCAUGGAAAGGGGCGAAGGAUGAGCUGCACCCGAGCCUGGCCCCGGCACCCGCAGGGGCUGCCAGGAAGCGGCCUGGGGAUGGGCUCCAUCGUGGGAGAGCGCCCUUUCCACACUGUCUGCGCUACUGUUUGAACGUGGGAGAACCGUGUCUUUCACAGGUUAAGCAGGGUCAUUAACACCCUCCCCUAGUCCCUGACACGGGUUUUCCCCGCCUCACUCCUCUGCCCUGUGGGGAAACUGGCGCUCAGGUCUCCCAGCACCUGGCACAGCUGCCUGGUUCAGGUAACAGCCUCCCGGAAGUGGAGCCAGGGAGCUGCCUCUGCUUCUCCCAAGGGGGCUGAUGACGCGAGGGUCAGCUCAGAGCCUUCCACCUCAGCUGUGCGGUGGGGCCCCCCAGGAUCCAGGUCCCUGCAGGGCAGGUGUUGUAACCUGACCCUGAUGAAAGUGUUAAGCCAACAAUUACAAUCUUCCCUGAG